UGCGUCAAUUCGGGUUUCAGCCACGUCUGGAGUCUCAGAGACGAGCUUCUCAGAAGAGCCAAAACAGGAGCAGGGGUGGCAAAUCACUGAGCGAGGGCGAAUAGACCUCCUUCUUUCCCUUCUUCCCAUUCCAGACACUGGUCUCCAGGGCUCUGCGCUGUUGUUUUCAGCAUUCGGGAAAGCCGGCGGUUCAGAUCCGAGCAAGUGAAUCUAGCCAGGGGAGUUUUCCGUUCAGCACCUUGGACAGAAACGCAGCAAAAAAAUGGCUCCGAUCACUACCAGCCGGGAAGAAUUUGAUGAAAUCCCCACAGUGGUGGGGAUCUUCAGUGCAUUUGGCCUGGUCUUCACAGUCUCUCUGUUUGCUUGGAUCUGCUGUCAGAGAAAGUCAUCAAAGUCUAACAAGACUCCUCCAUAUAAGUUUGUGCAUGUGUUAAAGGGAGUUGAUAUCUACCCAGAAAACCUAAAUAGCAAAAAGAAAUUUGGAGCAGAUGACAAAAAUGAAAUUAAGAAUAAACCAGCUGUGCCAAAGAAUUCAUUGCAUCUCGACCUUGAGAAGAGAGAUCUCAAUGGCAAUUUUCCCAAAACCAAUCUCAAAGCUGGCAGCUCUUCUGAUCUGGAAAAUGUAACCCCGAAGCAAUUCUCAGAGGGAGAAAAAGGGGCUGUUUCCCCCGAUAGUUUAAAGUCCAGUACAUCCCUUACUUCAGAAGAAAAACAAGAGAAGCUGGGAACCCUCUUCUUCUCUUUAGAGUACAACUUUGAGAAGAAAGCAUUUGUUGUAAAUAUUAAGGAAGCCCGUGGCUUACCAGCCAUGGAUGAGCAGUCAAUGACCUCUGAUCCAUACAUCAAAAUGACGAUCCUGCCAGAGAAGAAGCAUAAAGUGAAAACCAGAGUUUUGAGGAAGACCUUGGACCCAGCCUUUGAUGAGACCUUUACGUUCUAUGGGAUCCUCUACACUCAGAUCCAAGAGUUGGCCUUGCACUUCACAAUCUUGAGUUUCGACAGGUUUUCAAGAGAUGAUAUCAUUGGAGAAGUCCUUAUUCCUCUUGCAGGAAUUGAAUUAUCUGAUGGAAAAAUGUUAAUGAACAGAGAGAUUAUCAAGAGAAAUGUUAGGAAGUCUUCAGGACGGGGUGAGUUACUGAUCUCUCUCUGCUAUCAGUCUACCACCAAUACGCUCACUGUGGUUGUUUUAAAAGCUCGACAUCUGCCUAAGUCUGAUGUUUCUGGACUUUCAGAUCCCUAUGUCAAAGUGAACCUGUACCAUGCCAAAAAGAGGAUCUCCAAAAAGAAGACUCAUGUGAAGAAGUGCACACCCAAUGCAGUGUUUAAUGAACUGUUUGUCUUUGAUAUUCCUUGUGAGGGUCUUGAAGAGAUAAGUGUUGAAUUUCUGGUGCUGGAUUCAGAAAGGGGGUCCAGAAAUGAGGUGAUUGGGAGGUUGGUCCUGGGAGCAUCAGCAGAAGGAACUGGUGGAGAGCACUGGAAGGAGAUCUGUGACUAUCCCAGGAGACAAAUUGCCAAGUGGCAUAUGCUCUGUGAUGGUUAGCCUCCUAGCCAUGAGUUGGAACUUAACAAUUUUAUUAGGCAAGGAGCAGUUUUCUUUCUUUCUGAUAAGUGAUUACAAGCUUGUGAUAACAAGCUACUUUUUUUUUUUUUUUGGUUAGAAAUGGAUUGAAUUAGCAGACCAGGAAGUAACUGUAAAUGUGUAUCAUGAAAAUUUCCCCCUUUUUUAGAGACAUUGGAUAAAUUUUCAUAAGCUAUUCAAGCUAUUCAAUUUCUUUUGCAGGUUACCAGUGAUAUAUAUAUAUAUAUAUGAGUAGUAGAGGGAUUUCAUGAAUAUUACACUAUAGUCCUAUAUUAUGGAAGUGGUUUGGGUGGUAACUUCAUUGGAAGAUAUCACCAGAAGUCGAUGUGGUGGUACGAAUUUACAAAUGGAAAGCAUGUCUCCUCUUAUGAAAAUUCAUCCAUUUUUCUUCAAGUGGGAAAAUCAGUUUUUCUUUAAAUCCAAAGAUACUGAAGAAAUGUUCACUAGUUUGUUUUUAUUAUGUCAUGUGCAAAUGGUUGUCCUGCAUAGAAAAGUAUAUAUGGUCAUUUCUCUUUUAUUCUUACCUACUUGGUAGAAUUUUAUCAAAAGAGAAAUAAUUUAGGGUUGAUUCAAAAGGAUAGUGAACAAGCUGAGAAAUCACAUUAUCAAAGGGCUGAGUUGAAAACACUGUGGCUGAAAAUGAUUUUUCUCUCCCUUAAGGUUACAUGUGAGUUAAAAUGUUGUAAAAUAUAAUCUCACAUCGAAACCAUGGCCUUGAAAUAAUCACUGCCUGUCAUAAUCAUCAGUGUGGCCUGAGAAAGCCCUAUUUCCUUUUGUGAAGUUGUGAAAUUAGUGGGUAAAGACAUAAACUUCAGCUAGAAAUUCAGUUAGAAAAGCUGUUUUCUUAUAGGAAAUAUGUGUAGUAUGCAAAUGUGCAUUUAAGGCUACCCCUUGCACAAAGAAAGGGCGUGACUAAGUCUUCAUUUGGCUUGUUUUCCCCAGAAGGAACUAAGCUACCAAUUCGGGAAAAAAAAGACUGUGAAAAUUUAACCAUUGCCAUAUAUAAAGCAUUACUUAAACCAACACACUAAGUAAUAUGACUCAAAACUAGUUAUACAAGCCUGAUGUAAUUUAAAUAUGUUCACACAAAAUAUAUUUAGGCUGUCAAAUUAGCACAACAAAGUAUGUGUUUCAAUGUCUUUUCUAGACUAAUUUGUCUUGAGCUGUUGUCUGUGGUACAGUUUAUAGACUUGUGUCUUGUACCGUUUUCUAGUGCCAGGACUCUGCAAUUCAUUACAAAUCUCUUAGAGUACAGCAGUGCCCUGCGAUGAUUUGGAAAGAAUUCACUUGAGGUAACGUUGCUAUUUGAGUUUUUAGAGAAGUAUGAGUAAAACUCGGGUACAGUUGAAUUAUUAAAUAUGCAAGUUAGAAAUAAAGUCUACUGAAAAACUUACAUUUUGAGUCAGGUUUUGUGUCAGUACUUUAGCAGUUUUUGAGAAUGUGUUUGAUAUCACAGUGUUUGUAAAUUCUUUGACAACGCAUUUUCAAAACAACUUAUACAUGCUUUUUAUGACAAUGCCUAAUGUAAUGAAAAUGUUUUACAUUCUGUAUGUACAAAGACUGGAACCAAUCUCCUUUUUGUGCUUUAAGAUAACUUUAGGAUUAAAAAAGGAAUAUUCUUCAACCAUUGUCUGCAUUCCACUACAAAGUCACCUACAGCAUUUGUUCCACUCAACAUUUCUGUGAAAGCAACUUGAAAUGAAUCAUUGUCAGUGUGUGGCUUGGAAAAGUCAAAUGGCCUUUUGAUUUACAUGUAUUUGGUAUCAUGGGCCAGGGAAAGGAUCUAUUUUGGGGCUCAGAGAAGUUGUGAGGAGUCAGUGCUAAGUAUCCUUUGCAGCAGCCAAAAGUUAGUGGUGGUACCCGGUGAAGUAUGGUUGUUGGAAGAAGAUUUUUUUCAGUGGAACAAGACCAACAACAAAUACUUUUAAAAUUUCAAUAGAUAAUUUGUAAAUAGCUUUUUUUAAAAAAAAAUUAAAGUGUUUUGAAUGUGAAAAGUUGAGUACAAUUACCUACAAUUGCUUUUAAGAGAGAAGAAAAAAUUAAAUUUAAUUUAGAAUGAAAUUUAAAGCAGGUGGGGUACAUGAUCCCCUCAUCUUUGGAAAAUUGUACUGUUUUAUAAUGUAUUACAUUAUCAAUGUGAAUAUCUUGAAAUCUGUUACCAAUUCUGCACUGUAUUAAACAUGUAAAUUAAUUGUUUGUCUGAUUAGCCAGACUAAACCCACCUAAUGGGAGGGAUCCAUGUUUGAAGAACUGUGUAACUCGGUAACUGACUUGUUCUGAUGUUGUAACUCAAUAGAAGUGAUUUGGAAGGAAGCAUGGUUUAUGAGAUGGUGUCCGUUCUUUUGUGCCAGCUCUGUAUGAUGUUUGUAAGACCAUGUUUGUAAGACAUGAAUAAAAUGCUGCUUUUGCCCAACCCAUUUCAACUCAAA